AUACACGCUAAAGCGCACAGCGCGCCUCUGAGUGACGGCUCGCCGGCAGGCUGCUGCCCGGAUGAAGGCAGCUCAGUCCCGCACACCGUCGCACCACUAGGCCUGCUGGAUAAUUUGGAAUUUUUUCACCGAGGGAACUGCCAAAUGCAUUUGCACCGACGGAAAAAAAAAAGCUGCGCUGUAGUAGCUCAACUUAGAAAACCAGUAAUUUCUACGUUCCUUAUGGCUUCUGGCUCCGGAGAUGAAGAGGGAAACACGGAAGGCGUUUCCUGGCGACUCAUAGGCCCGGCAGCGGGGCUCUCCAAGAAGCGCUGCCGUCUAAUGUACUCCUCCCUCGGCUACGACUCUGAUGUCUGCCUCUUCUACGUGAAGGGGGAGUUUUUUGCCAUGGAUGCUCGCUGUUCACAUUCCGGUGGUCCUCUGUGUGAGGGGGACAUUGAGGAGGCUGAUGGAGUCCUGCAGGUCUUCUGUCCCUGGCAUGACUAUAACUUUGACCUCAGAACGGGGAAGUCAGGGACCUCCUUACAGCAACAAGUGUAUGAAGUCAAGCAGGAGGAUGGCAAUGUGUACGUGAAACACGCCAGUCGUCUUUCCUUGGAGCCUUUUCCUGCAGAUCAGAAGAAAAGCCUCCGCGCAACAGCCUCACCUUCCAGCCCUUCGUGAUGCCGCUGUUAGAGGUCUAUUUUUAAGACUUGUUCCACAAACCCAAGCCAUCUGAAGCAUUCCUUAGCCUUAUCUAUCAUUUUCACAGACCCUUUCUUCUUUGAUUGCUCUGAACUCAGGGUGCUAUGGAGAGGAUUGUCUGAAGAGGACAUGACAUCAUGAAAUAACUUCAGAGUUUUUCUUGCUGCCAUUCCAGGUAGAGACUCAUCUCAAGCUCACCGCUGCCCUCAAUACCACACCUGACAGUAUGAAACAUGAAAACACAAAAUGUUACUAAUAUACGGUACAAGCCAGUACAUAUUUAGUUUAGUUGAAAGGCACUACCAAAGUGGAUCUGCACUUUCAAAACUGUCCUGUACUUCUCAAUCUGUUGCUAGUCUUGUUGCACUUUAUGCACUAGCAAGCAAGUAAUGUUAUCUCAAAUGUACUAUACAAAAUGAUAAUUUACAGAAAUAAAACAAUAAUUGCAGUGAUAGGAUACAUUCACAUGCAGAAAGAAACAAUUAGUUAGAUGUUCUACAAAUGCAGUUCAAAUAGACAACAGGAACUAAAUGAAUAGUACAGAUGUGCAAAAAACAAAGAUUAUCAUCUUGAUUUAUUUUACAAAACAUGUACAUUCUUAUUACCAGUUGUGGUACAGUGUUUUUGGCAAGAUUCCACUCAGUGGAAACAUUUGUAAAAUCAUGUGAUUGCAGAAAUGUAAUGAUAAUUUCGUUUUCAGAAACUAAUAUCUAAUUAAACGGCCUCAUAGUCAUCAUUACCAAUAAUCCUCUUCCAUGUCUCCAACAAGCGUUACCUGAAGCCUCCAACUCUUAAACUCUCAGACGAGCAGUCACACUUGCUGAGUUGUGGUCUUUGGAUAAAUUUAGACAUUUAUUCCAGUGAUGUCACGCAACAGAAACUCCCUUUCAGAAUUUGUAUUUCUGGACAGUUUUUUAACCCAAAUAUAGUUCCAGCAAGUAGAACACACAUGAAGGGCACUGCAAUUACGAUUGGUGGCAGUCCCGGUGUAAAGACGUCUCCAUCAGCAUUUCUCUCCGUCCCUGGCCAUUGCACAGACAGUUUUACUGACGCAAUGGGACUCAAAAGAAAUGGUUAGUAAGGCGCCGGAGAGAGGUUCACAACCUGAAAUACACCAUUGACUCAAGAAAAAUGUGUUUUCUUAGCUUCAUAUGUGUGUGUAUGCGCACACUGAUGCGAGUGUUUUCUUUGUUACUCGGUGGUGAGAGAAGUCACUCACUAUAUUUUCUGUCAGCUCCAUUUUCUGGCAGAGGCACAGAGCCCAGUCAUGAAGGUGUCAGUGACAGUGAGGCCCGACACUCAUUUUCCUCCCUGCUGUGCUACUUUAUUAUUCCAUUGGAGAAAAAUGUGAGGUUUUACUCUAUUGCAUUAUAACUCAUCACCUGGAGGGUAAUGGGCAUGCACAACGGAGAUGCAGCUAUUUUGUGUCAGUAGAAAAGUGAGAGUAAACACUGUUCAAGAUUCUGCACAGGACAGGAAUGGUUUCUUACAUUUUUAUUCUCACUGAGCCUCACUGAGAAAACCAUCAUUUUCGGCAUCCCGCUGCUGUUUCUUUCCUUAAAGUCAUUUCAUAUGCACUGCUGAUUUUAAUGCAUUUUGUUUCUUAGUAUGUGAAAUAUGUAUCUGUCAAAUAGGUCUGCAGACUGCACACACUGUAACUUUUUGCACAUUACUUAUUUAACACUACCAUUUGUACUGUAAGCAGCUAGUGUUUAGUAUGUUCAACUAUAAUUAUUGAUGUGACCUUUGCAAAGCCAAACAUUUUAUCUGUACUGUUUAAUUCCCAAAAUAAAUUAUUGUAUUUUAGAAGCACUA